CCCUGUUUCUCUUCUCUCUCCCUCUCCCUUCUUCCUCGCUCAAUUCAGACCCACAAUCCGCCCAUUCUCUACAAUCUUGCACAAGAUCCAUCUGAAGCUAUUCCGCUAGAUGCAAGUGAUUACACGGGACUCCUGGAAGAAUUGGACGCAAUAAUCAAGGAGCACACUCAGUCCAUCGGAACACCGCCCAAGGCCCAGCUCGACGACAUGGACUGGACCGAGAAAGUCGCCCCCUGCUGUAACCACGACGACGACUGCGUCUGCUCCACCGGGGGUGGACCAGUUGGUAUCCCAUUUGUGGAUGGGAUGGACCGGAAUGAAUACGGGCCAAGCCUGUACUAUCAAAGGAGCUGGCUGUAAACUAUUGUGACAUUAUUUGUGCAUAUGUACAUGUAUGUGUGUGAUGUUUUAUUUGGUGUAAAGAUAAGAUGAGCUAUUUUUUAACUUUUUGUUGUGA